AUGGGUCUACUCCAGUCCACCCUCAUAUGGAUCGUGUAUGCUGUCGUGGUUGUAGUGCUAAUCGCGAUAGCUUCGAUAUUUGUCUACGUUUACCAAGCUCCGAGAGAGCGCUCAGGAUUCGUCUCAGCGAUAUGCAUUCUCACCGUGUCGGCUCUCCUAGCCACGGUGUUACUUCUGCCAGUUGACAUUGCCUUGAUAUCAUCCACCAAUUCGCGGAAAUUGGGCCAGAGGAAGGACUGGGCGACGCCAGAUACUGUCGCCAGUAUUGUACAUUCUCUCACGAUUGUGUAUUACUCCCUCUACUCACUUGAUACCAUUCUCUGCCUUCUGGUCAUUCCGUUCACGUAUUUCUGGUACGAGGAAUAUGAUGAGCUCGUCGAACACCAGGACUGGCAUGCCUUCGGAAAGAGGUUCUGGGGCGCCUUUCGAUAUACGGCUGCGUUCCUUAUAGUGACGAUCAUUCUCUUCCUGGUUGGGUUUUUCGUGCCGGUUGCCAGGAAUAAGGGUGGAGCCGGGCUUGACCUUGACUAUUUCAAACAUCUUCUCACAGAAAAUAAUGGUGAAAGAGCUCUGACUUUUGCUCUGGGCCUGCUGACAAUGAUCGGUAUCGUUGUUUACGUAUUCUAUACAUCGAUUGGGCUUGCACUCUUCCCCGUCUCGUUUAUUAAAUCCGCCCCCUCCGUUUCCAGCCCAUCACUGUAUGCCACAACAGCAUCUAGGUUAGAGGGGAAUAUCGAGCGUCAGCGCCAGCUUGAAGGCCGCUGCGGUGGCAACCUCGACCACUUGUCAUCGAAGGACAGGCGGGAGCUUGACUCCCUUGUGCGUGAGGAACGAUCGUUACGACGCCGGCAACGUUUGGCAGAGUCAAAUGCAGGUGAUGGAAGGGGCUAUCUCGUGAAAAUAUGGCACAAAAUAGAAGCCGUAUUCCGCCCAAUCAAGCUUCUCGGUGGCCUAUUGUUACUGCUGCUUUCCAUCGUGAUAUGGAUUUCCAUGCUCCUUACUGGAAUCGACAAAGCAACAAACUCCAUUUGCAAGCACAAGUGUGGCUAUAUUCUCGCGAAAGUUAAUGUAUUCAACCCUAUCAACUGGGCGCUUCUACAGUCUGCGAAGGUUUUCCCUAUUGACUACGUCCUCUUUACGAUAUUGGUGCUACACUUCUUCAGCAGCGCUGUUGUUGGAAUUGCCACUGUCGGCAUAAGAUUCCUAUGGGUUAGAAUAUUCGGCAUCAGGAAAGGACAUACAACGCCCCAGGCUCUGCUACUCGCCACCGUGAUGCUUGCUCUAAUCAUCCUAGCCCUUAACUUCUCGAUAUCUAUGAUGGUGGCUCCACAGUAUGCGACAUAUGGACCACAAACGUUCUGUGAUAUUCCCUCUGGAGCCGGAGAAAGUGCAAUAAGUUGUGAAAAUCGGCCUCAAGAUGUUAAGCCUUGUUCGGAACUUACAGAAAACCACUCGGCCAAGGACGUUUGCACACCCAGUGUCGUUAGCGUCUUCUUAAAUCGAAUUACGCUGAACUUCCCAUUUUUCGGUCUGGUGAACUUCUGGGCACAAUUUGUUUUCCUAGGGUUUUCCCUUAUUGUUUUUAUCACCACGCUCUUCCGAACUCCCAGACUCGACGAGCAGCAGCUGGAUGAAGACGCCGAGGAAGCCGAGGAAGAAGGAUUGUUAGCUUCCACCGGUAGGAGGUUCGGGGCUACCUGGGAAGAUAUUAUGGGCCGAGCAGGCACUCCACAUCCAUCCUCCGCCAGUAGACGUACCCGCGAUGAUGGCUAUCACGAUGAUCGUUGA